AUGGUCGCUCCCCGGAAAGCCGCGCUCCUGGAGGAGAGUGCGGAGGUCGAAGUGCUCUUCGCCAACAUGGAGAAAAUGAAGACGCUCACAAAAAAGAUCCAAGGCUCCGUCAAUAGGCUCGAUGCGAGCGGAAAGGCAGUCCAGGAAGCAAUCGGCCCAAUCUACGGCAACACACAGAAGCUACAGAUAGCAAACAACAACGUCGACCGUAUAAUAGACGCAAUCGACCGCCUUCGAGCCCCGCGUGAAGAAAGUGCAAAGGAAGAGAGGAUUAUCCGCGCUGGACCUGGACGAGGAGACCUGGACGGCUACAUCGCUUCGCUCGACCGCACCAACAUGAGUCUCGCAGACCUCAAGCGCACCAACCUUCGCUCCAACGAACAGGCCAUUGCAGAGCUUAGCGGACUCUUGAAGCUGGGCAACAAGCAAUUGGAGGAUGUGUUCCGCGGUAUACUGCAGGAUAGCGCGCGAGAAAAGGUCCAAGCCUUGGAAUAUGUCGCAAAGCAAAAUCCCUUCCCCCGCAUGCCCCAGGAUAAACUCCAGAGCCUGCGCAGCAUCAACUCGCACAUUUCCAAGUCCUUCGCCCAGUUAUCGCAGAUCGAUCUUUCGCAGACCCCCACACGAAGAAUAUACGCAGACGUCCGGGGCGAAUACCUAGAGAGCGCACUGAGGAGUCUCAUGCAGGCGACCAUCAGCACAGCCAGGAAGGUGCAGGCAGAUGCGCUGUACAAGAAGGGUACUAAUGGUAUCGGCACAUACGUCCAAGCGAUAGAGGGUCUCUUCGUAGCGGAGUUUGACAACCUGAACUACGUCUUCGACAGAGAGGAAUGGGCCGAUGUCUACGAGUCAACGUGCCAGGUCCCGCUGCAGGACUUUAGCAAGACCCUACGUGAGCUGAACGGGCAUAUUCAGAAGAACCUGCUGACAGACUGCUUUCUUGGAUACGAGAUUUGCGGGUUGGUCCGGACUCUGUCGAUGCGGCUGCAGAAGCAGACUGGCGCCCUGAAAGAUCAGAUCUACGACAGCGUGAAGCCGGUUCGAGAGACGUCGAAAACGUCUCUGAGCAAGAUGCUCGAAGAUACACGGUCAAAAACACAAGGACUCAUUGCGCUUCCUAUCGACGGCGGUCCGGUGGAUAUUACAACCCAGACGAUGCGACGCUUGCAAGAGAUGACCAACUACCUCGAACCUCUUGCGUCGAUAUUGGCAUCUUUGGGAGAGGGCGGUUGGAACUCUGGAUCGGCUAACAACUCAUCCACGACUUUGGACGUUGGCCCCGACGGCGUGAAGUUGUUCGGGUCAUACGCGGCGGAUACUGUCGACACACUUUUGCAGAAUCUAAUUGGCAAAGCAAAGACACUACUGAAGGGCAAGAACCUGCAAGGUGUCUUCAUGGCCAACAAUAUCGCUAUCAUCACACGCAUUAUUCGCUCUUCAGAACUCGCACCGCUCAUGGACAGCUACUCCAAGAAGCUGGCAGACUGGCGUAAGCAAGGCACGGCCAUGUAUCUUGAAGCGUGGCGUGAACCGUCAGGGUACCUACUGGAUGUGCAGUACACGAACCGUAGCAAGGAACGCCCAACGUCAGGCGGUGCAGAUUCGGCAGCUAUCGUAAAGUCUCUUAGCUCCAAGGACAAGGAUGCAAUCAAGGAGAAGUUCAAGAACUUCAACACAAGCUUCGACGAUCUUGUCACACGACACAAGGCGUACGCAAUGGAGCCCGAGGUGCGGAACCAGCUUUCCAAGGAAGUACAGAACAUCAUCGAGCCCCUGUACAACCGGUUCUACGACCGCUACCGGGAGAUCGACAAGGGGAAGGGCAAGUACGUCAAGUACGACAAGACCGAGUUGAACAGGGCAUUGGCGAGCUUUGCAUAG